GCCAGCUUCGACCCCAGUCCCGGGCGAGCCGGCCUGGACGCUGCGCCGCCGCGGGCAGCGAUGCGCAGAGGGUCCGCGCCGCCCCGGGGCCGCCGUGCGGUACCAUGAAGCUUCGCAACAAGGUGGCAGCGCUGCUCCUGCUCGCGCUGGCCGUGUUGCUGCUGGCGCUGCUGUCCUUGCGUGCCCGCCGGGACCCGGAGCCCCCUGGAUUCCCCGCGCGCCCCGAGGCUGCCCCUCAGCGCCGCCACGCGCCGGUCCCUACUCUCCCUCCGGAGCCCCGUGCCUUCCCCGGAGCCGCUGGCCCGCGCUCCCCCAGGCGCCGGCCCCCACGUCUGCGCCCCCGAGCGGGCCGCCCGCGCGCCGCCAGCCGCGAGAAGUUGGCGAGGAGGCCUGGGGAAGCAAGGAGUUUGCACUCUGUGCCACCCGAGCUCUGGAUUCACCUGGCCGUGGUGGCCUGUGGCAACCGGCUGGAGGAGACUCUGGUCAUGCUCAAGUCGGCCGUGCUUUUCAGCCACAGGAAGAUGCGCUUUCACAUCUUCACGGAAGAGGCUCUGAAGCCCGAGUUUGAUAAACAGCUGCGCCAGUGGCCUGACUCAUAUACAAGGAAGUUUGAGCACAAACUCUACCCAAUCACAUUUUCUGUCGGAAACCCUCAGGAAUGGAAGAAACUGUUCAAACCCUGUGCAGCCCAGAGACUCUUUCUUCCGGUGAUCUUAAAGGAUGUGGACUCACUCCUCUACGUGGACACUGACGUUCUCUUUCUGCGGCCCGUGGACGACAUCUGGAAGCUUCUGAGGCAGUUUAACUCCACCCAGCUUGCUGCCAUGGCCCCAGAGCAUGAAAUCCCUAAGAUUGGCUGGUACAGUCGCUUUGCCAGGCAUCCUUUCUACGGCUCCGCUGGGGUUAACUCAGGAGUCAUGCUCAUGAACUUGACUCGCAUAAGAAGUACCCAGUUCAAGAACAGCUUGGUUCCAACAGGCCUGGCAUGGGAGGAGAUGCUGCUCCCGCUGUACCAGAAGUACAAGAAUGCCAUCACGUGGGGAGACCAGGAUUUAUUAAAUAUUAUUUUCUAUUUCAACCCAGAGUGUCUCUACGUGUUCCCCUGCCAGUGGAACUACCGCCCUGACCACUGUAUGUAUGGAAGCAACUGCAAAGAGGCUGAGCGGGAAGGCGUGUCUGUCCUGCAUGGCAACCGUGGCGUCUACCACGACGACAAGCAGCCCACUUUCCGAGCGCUCUAUGAAGCAAUCCGGGAUUUUCCCUUUCAGGACAAUCUGUUUCAAUCUAUGUACUACCCUCUACAGCUGAAGUUUUUGGAGACGGUGCAUACCCUGUGUGGACGGAUCCCCCAGGUUUUUCUCAAGCAGAUUGAGAAAACGAUGAGAAGAGCUUACGAGAAGCAUGUCAUCAUCCACAUGGGCCCCAACCCCAUGAGCUGAGUGUCCUCUCAGCCUGGUGUCUGUGACUGAGGACAUGGAUCCUUCUGCCGCCUGAAUAUUUGUGUGUGUGAAUAUUUAAUGGUGCUCUAUGACUGUUGAGGUUCAAAGGCCUGAUUAUAUUUUUCUAAGUUAAUUAUCCCUAAAAGGGAAUAUGUUUUUCUUUAUUUUCUCCUGGUAUCCUAUUUAUCUUUUAUUUUUAAAGUUAUUUUAUGAAUUUUACGUUGUCCCAUUGAGAGAAAGCCCUCAGAUAUGAGCCCUUGUUGAUAUAUGCAGCCAUCAUAAUUAUUUGGAUUUCUGGAGACUCUUCCUAUGCAACUUGCUCUCUCAUACCCUAUUAAAAAGCAAUACAUGUUGGGGCUGGCAAGAUGGCUCAGGUGGUAAAAACAUUUGCCACCAAGCCUAAUGGCCUGUGUUCAAGUCCCUAGGUAGAAGAAGAUGAGAAUUAACUCCACCAGUUAUCCUCUGACCUGCAUGUGUGCUCACACUCACACCAACAAGUAAAGAAAUGUAGUACUAAAAAUAAUAAUAAAGGGCUGGAAAGAUGGCUCAGCAGUUUAGAGAACUGACUGUUCUUCCAGAGGUUCUGGGUUUCAUUUCCAGCACCCAUGUAAAUGGCUCAGAUCCAGGGCAUCUCAGGCUCUCUUUCUGUCUUCCACAGUCACUAUGCACAUAAGUAGUAUGCGUAGAUAUACAUGUGGGCAAAACCCCCCUACACAUAAAAUAAAAUAACUUUUCAAAAAAAUUUUCAAAAAAUGUAUAUUAUGAGACAAACAAACUUGAAGAGAAUCUAAGUCGAUGUGCUACAAUCAAGAUUAGAUUAGACAUAAUCAGUCCUACCAAGCACUUGAAAACGGAGGUUACCAUUUGAAUGUGUUUCCUUCCAGACUCCUUAAAACUCCCCUGACUUCUGUAUUUCCCACUGCAGAACAAUGGAAACAUACAACCUCAGUAAAGCACAGCCUGGUUGCUGAGACUUCCUGUAGGAGGACUAAACAGUCAGACGAGAUAAUUACAACAUGCUGUGUCUGCAAAAGGCUUUCAGACCAGCUAAUUGGGCAGCAUUUCAAGAUGAAGCAUGUGUCUGAGGGUGCGUCUCAGAGGGAUUGCUGAGCUCCGCAGAGGACUCAAUCAUGAGAAAUUUCUAUGCAACAAAAGCUAAAAGAAAGCCCAAGGGAUCUCUUUAGCAAAGAGGUGUGAGUUUGUGUCUCUCUACAGACAAGAGCACUUGAUUAGACUACUGGGCAGGGGGCAGAAAUCAAAGGACAAUUUCAGAUGUUUGUUUGGGUUUUGUUGUUUUAAUUGUAUUUUUAACUACAUGUCUGUGUCUUUGUGUGUGUCUGUGUCUGUGACUGUUUCUGUGUAUGGGCAUAUGAGUGCAAGUGCCGAUGGAGACCAGAAGGGGGGGCAUUAAGUCUCCUUGAACUUGAGUUUCAAGUGGUGAGGCCCUUGACUUAGGCGCUGUGCACUGAACUUAGGUCCUCUGCAAGAGCAGCAAGCACCCUUAACCACGGACCCAUCUCCCCAUCCCCCGUGUACUGUUCUGUUUUGUAUUUUAAAGACAGGGUUUCACAACCAGCCUGCCUCCACUUCCGGAUAAGUCCUGGAUCUACAGGUGUGUGCCCCCACACCCAGCUCCAGUUUCAGAUUUAAUUUGCUCAAAGUAAAUAUUUCGGAUCAUUUCAUUGGCAAGAAAAAAUGCCAAUUCCUGCUAGCCUCAGGACUCUUUUUGACUGUGGUUAGUCAGCUCUUGGCUUAGAGGAGACCUUACGAUCCUAGCCUCUAGCUACAGGAGAGAAAGCUCUUAUCCUGUCCCCCAAUGGGAUCUGACUUCAUCCCUAAAGGCUUAUAUGGUUGGUAUCAGUGUAGGGACAUUUUGCAGAAUGCUUUAUUUAUCUCAAAUGACUUUUGCAUACAUGAUUUUUUUGUUUGUUUGUUUCCUGCAGCCUAGAGAACCAGGAGGGGCCCAUAUCAUCUCCAUGAGAUUAAAAGAAAGAAAAUCCUCUUCUUUUAUUUAAUUGCUUUUAAUACAGCAAAAGGAACAACCCCAGUAUAAGUAAGAUAGUGUAAGAUGGAUCCUAUUUUCCAGGGAGAAAAACAUUUGAAAAUAAACAUCCUGAGUUCUCUUCAUCCUACACAGACAGCAAUCUGAAAGUGGAAAACUUAAAAAAAAAUUUUUUUUCUUAUUUAUGAAGUGUGGGAGCCCAUAUAUCACUAACUUAUCACAGCCCCCUGUGUCAGCAGAAAUGCCUCAUCCUGAGAUGGGACUCCUCAGCACUACAAAGGAACCCUGUAGUGGCAUUUAGUGUGUGACACAGUUAUUGUAGUCACAGAUUAAGGUCCAGCCACCUUCUCCUCUUGCCUACCACCUGCUAUCAUUAGGGAAAUCACCUUGUGGUGGGCUACUCUCAUUUUUACUGUUGUUUUGUGUCCUCGCCAGCAGACGUGACAUCUUAUUUUGGUCUUUCCGGCCGCGGGCACACGGGGUGUGGGGUAACUCCCCACAGUCUGGGUUUUAGUGAUGGAGCCAGAAUGUACACACGAAGCAUCCAUUCCAGUCUCCCUUUUAGUCAUCUGUUCAAUAAACACAUGGAUGUUGUUUAGAGUUUUCAGUGGCUACCAGAUCUCAGUGUCUAGCAGGUCUGUGGAGAAGCCUUCAAAUGCAAAAAUACAACAGUGCCUUGGUUUUAGGAAAGCAGGUCUACUUGAGACUCGAACUGUUUAACGCCAACUGCAGACACAGCACUGUUGCCACUGAAGCUCAAUGAUAGAGUUUGAAAACAUUCUAGAAGGAUCAGUCACGACCAUGUGACACUUUAAAACCCAAUGUGACACACACACAUACACCUCACUCCCCAUGUGGAAUUCCAUGGUGUGGCCUACAAUUUUAGGUUUCAGUGGAGAAGUAGUUAAAGAAAAAAUAAUUCUCUUCCAACUCUUUGUACUUAAACGUGGUAAUUAUUGGGUUUUCUCGGCCUUUGAUAUUUCCUGACAAACACCUUUGAAAUCUGAGAGCCACGUCUUUAUUCAGUGAACUUCUAAAACCUGUCAUCUGUGAUAAGAAGUUACAGGCCGCCUUUCAGCUCCUUAGGCCACACUGAAUUUACUCCUGCAAGAACUGAGUCUGGUGCUCUCAUCUCCUCCAGCUCUGCCCUUCUUUAUUUUUCCCUCCUCUCCCUUCCCUCUUAGUCACUGUCCUAUUGCUGUGAAGAGACACCUUGACCAAGGCAUCUUUCAUAAAAGGAAGUAUUUAAUUGGGGGCUUGCGUACAGUUUCAUCAGCUAAUCCUUCAUCAUCAUGUUGGGAAACAGACAGGCAUGAUGCUGAAGCUGAGAGCAGCUCAUUUUCUUAUUCUUCAGGCAGAGACACACCUCCCAUCAAUGGGGGACUAAGCAUGCAAAUAAAUAUAUGAGCUUAUGGGGGGUCAUUCUGAUUCAAACCAGGACACCUCCUCUCUGUCGUCUUCUCUAUUUUCUCAUUUCCUGUAUUUUUUUUUUUAAAGUCUGCUUCACAGAUUUGAUUGUGUCGGUCUGUGAAGAGUGUCAGAGCACUGCGGAACAGCAAGCAACGAUCAUGCUUUUGCAUGCGUUGGAAGUGAGAUUUCAGUGGCAGGGUUAGUAGGAAGGCUGAUGCUACUUCUUGCUGUUUCUUAAAUCUGAGAUAUUGUGACUUUCAUGGAAAUCCUAGUACUUGAAUAUGUCCCAUCUACAAAAUUGACUUGACUGUCUCCUCGACUUUGACAAUUGUGAUUUAGCUCAAUGCUCUUGGCUUCAGCUUUUGUGACAUUUGGAUGUCACAUUCAGUGCUCUACUGUGAACCUCUGUGCUUUCGCUGUCUGAAACCAACAUAUAUAUGCUCCCAAAGGCUGGCUGGUAUCUACAAUCCAUCUGUACUGUCCAUAAGCGAAAGUCAACAAGCACAGCAAGCCAUGCAUAAUCAAAUCUCAAUUUAGAGCGGUAGCUCUGGGCAUGGUGGCAACUAUUAUCCUAGGAACAUGGCUGAUUUAGUGGAUGACCCGGACGACCUGGUGAGUACCUGGUCUUUCUCAGGAACAGCUGGAGGAGAGGCUGGAGAGAUGGCUUAGUGGUGAAAAACACUGAAUGUUGUUCUUUCCAGAGGACCUAGGUUUAAUUCCUAGCACCUCCUGAUAGCUUACAGCCAUCUGUAUCUCCAGUUCUAAGGGUAUCUGAUGUCCUCUUGUUAGGAUAAUAGGCGUGUAUGUGAUUCAUAGACAUAGAUGCAGACACAAUGCCCAUGUAUGUGAUUUCUAAAAAGCUAAAAACACCCAAGCACUCAGGAGACAGGCAGAUGGUCUCUGUGAGUUCAAGGCCAGUCUAGUCUACAGUGUGAGUUCCAGUCCAACCAGGGCUACAUAGUGAGACUCUUUCUCAAGAACAAAACCAAGUGCACAUGCACAUGGUUAUGUCUGAAAAAAAAAAGUUAUUGACUGAUCAUAAAACAAUGAUUCAGUGAGUUAAAAGUCAAACAGGACACCUGCCACAUAAAUGUAGAAUUAUAGGAAGUAAUAUUUGGUGUUUACUCAAAGAAUAAAUGCAAUAUGUUUGAUGAACCAAAAUGGGCAUCAUUUCAUGGUCAGAUUCAGAAAUUCAUUCUCAGUGUGAAAGUGUCAUUUAACAGAGUGGCAGGCAACUGUCCUUACAUUCUUGUUUCCUGCUAUAUUUUCAUAUUUUCCAUUGUUGCCUUUCCCUUUCUGUCUAUGAUAUACAUUUCUGGGUAGUACAGGAACCAGGGCUUUCUUGGAACACGUGACAGACCUUGGGAGUCCCUGGGUAGGUAGAAGAGAGUUCAAACUAGAUCUUAGACCCCACUCUCCUUGAUUGGGAUUGGUCCAGACAUUUUCAAAGGCUAGCACCUGCCCACACUCAUACGCACACACCAUAUUCCUUUUAAAAGGGACACCACCUUUUACUGUAUCUGUGAGUUGAAGAAUCCUGCACGGUUAAAGUCAUUCAUUUCACAACAGUCUUGUGUGGGCCUUUUACCUCUGACAAGCUUGCUUGAGCGAAAAGAGUUUUUGUUCUAGUUUUUUGUUCUUCACAGGUCAAAACUGGAAAUAUUCUCUUGAGUCCGCAGCACAGAACUCUGUGUCACCGUCUGUGUGAAUACAUGAGAGCCAGGCACAGGGAUGGCUUCACUGGGUUGAUAUGUCAAUGAAAAAAAAAAAACAAAAACGUGUUACUCUUCAGAGCUCCUAAGGAGUCCCUGAGCACAAGUUGGUUUUGUUUGUUUGUUUGUUUAUUUGUUGUUUUGUUUGCUCAAAACAUUUGGGUAUUUUUGUUGUUGUAUUUUAUUUGCAAAAAAAUACAUUUAAAAAGAGAACAGUCCAAAGAGAAGGAAUUAUUACAGCUAGUAAAAUGGAAGACAAGAACUAGGAUGACCGGAUCAUCUCAUCUUUAAAUGUCUCAUCUCUUGCUUAUUACCUUUAAAAAAAAAAAAACUUAAAAGCUUUAAAUAUGUGUUCCUUGAUAUCGCUGUUGAAUUGUGUAUGUGUGUUUUUCUUCAUAAGAUUUUAAGCCUAAAAGUGUAUCUUAAGUACAUAUAACUAGUAAAGAGUAUUUAAUACGUAGAAUAGUUUAUUUUUUAAAAAAUCAUUAAAAAUUUUACCUUGAUUAUAA